CUGUUGCCAUGACAACAGACGAGGCAGAGAGUCACCAGAAGAAGCCGAGGCAGCAGGAGGAAGCCGGGCAGGAAGCAGGAUCUCCCCCCCCGGAGGAGGAGCAGCUCCGGCCUCGCAACCGCAACUCUGCCGGCCGCGGCCUCUCCCGCCUCUUCUCCUCCAUCCUGAAGAGGCGCUCGCAGUGUGAGAGUGAGGCAGGAGAGAAGGAGGACAAGGAGGAGAAUGAAGCCAAAGCCCCCAUCGCUGACCCCGAGCCUGAGCUGAGGACGGAGGGGGCCCCGGACCGCCACUCCAUGAGCAGCGCCGAUGCUCAGGCGGCCCAGGUAGAGAAGAAAGAGGCAGAGGAAGAAGAGGGUGGAAAGGACAAAGAGAACAACAAGGAGAAAGAAGAGGAGGCUGUGCUGAAGAAGGAGGAGAAGAUGGAGGAUAAGGUGGAGGAGAAGGAGGAGCAGGAGUGUGGGCCUGAAGGAGGCAGUAAGAAAGACGAGGAGGAGAAGACCGCCGAAGAGCAUGCCGAAGCUGCCAAAGCUCCUCACAGACCCAGGACCAUGCAGAUCAAAGUCAACCUGCUGGACGACGCUCUGUACGAGUGUGAGCUGGACAAACAUGCAAAAGGCCAUGAGCUGUUCAUGAAGGUGUGCAACAACCUCAACCUGCUGGAGAAAGACUACUAUGGACUGGUGGUGUCUGAGACGGCCACAACCAAGACCUGGAUGGACCUUACCAAGGAGAUCCGCCGGCAGGUACCAGGUGCCACCUAUAAUUUCAACUUCAAUGUGAAAUUCUAUCCACCGGACCCAGCCCAGCUAUCUGAAGACAUAACAAGGUACUACCUGUGUCUCCAGCUGAGGAAGGACAUCCUGCAGGGGCGCCUGCCCUGCUCCUUCGUCACGCUGUCCCUGCUGGGAUCCUACGCCCUGCAGUCGGAGCUGGGCGAGUUUGACCCCGAGGUGCACCCCCCCAACUAUGCCAAGGAGAUGAAGAUGGCCCAGGGUCAGACCAAGGAGCUGGAGGACAAGAUGAUGGAGCUGCACCGCACAUAUAG